GUCGAGCCUCUGGUGCUUUGUAGAAACAGUUUGAUUAACAGUCUGAACACCCGGUGAAGGAAUGUGAGAAAUGUUAUUGUCUAGCUCGUGUCCAAAGACAACAUUAUUAGUUUAAAUCUUUCAUAUGCAGGAAAGAAUGAGUUUCGUGAACGUUCUUUCGUCUACAAGAGACUGGUAAUUGGUUUCAUGGGAACUGACUGUGGCAUCUGAGCAAUGUCUUCCCAGCCAGAUAACUUAAUACUGUCCUCGGGACACAACUUAAGCAUGGACUACUCUUCCCAGGACAUUCAACUGAAAUUAAUCAGCCUGAGCUUCAUCAUCUACACCUUCAUCUUCCUCCUCACUCACAUACUGUCUAACCUGCUGUUUUGCACCUACCGCUCGCUGUCAGCCAAAGAAAAGGUGUUCUGGGAUCUUGCUGUGACACGGGCUGUGUUUGGCAUCCAAAGCAUGGUGGCAGGGCUUCGAGCGCUUAUGGAGGACUCUGCUGUCUUUUCUGAUAAGAUUCUUGGGCAGGAGGACUGGUCGUGGUUUAACGUGCUGUCCGCUACAGGCUUUUUCCUCUUUGAAAAUUUGGCCCUUCAUGCGUCUAACGUGUUGUUCCGGUCCUUUGACCUGCCGUUAGCUGUGCACCACUUCUUUGCCCUGGCAGGGUUUGCUGGGACGAUUGUGUAUAACUGGCAGGGUCAUUUCUUGCCUAUGGUGACCCUGCUGAUGGAGAUGAGCACACCCUUUACCUGCAUCUCCUGGAUGCUGCUUAAGGCUGGCUGUGCUAAAACUCUGUUCUGGAAAGCUAACCAGUGGAUAAUGAUUCACAUGUUCCACUGCCGGAUGGUUCUGUCUUACUACAUGUGGUGGGUGUGUUGGAAUCAUUGGGAGGAGAUGAACACACACAUUCCACUGGUUCAGAGACUGCUGUUCUUCACAGGCCUCUUCCUGCUAACCUUCUUCCUCAACCCCAUUUGGAUGCAUAAGAAAACCCUGCAGCUUAUCAAUCCUGUGGACUGGAACUUUGACAACAUGCCCACACCAGAGAACGGACAAAUCCAAGACCAGGCACGACACAAACCCCAUGCCAGCUGAUUAAUGCCAAGAUCAAGGCCUCAUGGGAAAUACAGUCUGAUAAAGACUACAGCUAAAAAAGUCAGAUGGGAGCAGAGAAAUAUUAGGCAAUUUCGUGCAGUGUUGUUGCUUUUAGUGAGUAUUACUUGUAGUAUAGCUUUGUUUAAGACCUUUAGGUUUAGCACUAAUUACUAUUUCUGCUACUACUUAAAACUACACUUAUCACUGCAUCGUGAGCACGGAGAUUGAACAGUUAGUAAAAAGGAUUAGUUCACCCAAAAAUGAAAUUUCUGUCAUUAAUUACUCACCCUCAUAUCUUUCCACAUCCGUACAACCUUUUUCAUCUUCGGAACACAAAUUAAGAUAUUUUUGAUGAAAUCCGAGAGUUUUUUUUUAAUCCCCAGUAGAAAGCAACGUAAGUACUGUCAUUUAAGGUCCAGAAAGGUAGUAAAGACAUCGUUAAAAUAGUCAAUGGGACUACAGUGGUUCAACCUUAAUGUUAUGAAGCGACGAGAAUACUUUUUGGAAGUAAAAGUGCAUCCUGCAACUGCGUACAAGACUGACAGGGUAGAGAAAAAAUUGUUGAAUAAAGUCAUUAUUUUUUUGUUUUUGCGAACAAAAAGUAUUCUCGUCACUUCAUAACAUUAAGGUCGAACCACUGUAGUCACGUUGACUAUUUUAACGAUGUUUUUACUACUUUUCUGGACCUUGAAUGAUGGUAAUUACUUUGCUUUCCUAGGGGGGAUAAAAAAAACCUGUCGGAUUUCAUCAAAAAUAUCUUAAUUUGUGUUCUGAAGAUGAACGAAGGUCUUACAGGUUUGGAACGACAUGAGGGUGAGUAAUUAAUGCCAGAUAUUUCAUUUUUGGGUGAACUAACCCUUUAACUCAACGUCAUGUCAUCCAGGUUUGGAAUGACUUUUUUCUGUGGAUACAAUGAAAGUCAAUAAUGUCCAAAACAACGCCCCAAGUGAACGUUUAUUUUAUGGACCGAAAAGUCAUUUGAAAGGCAGUUUUUUUUUUUU